AUGGAUCUUGGUGGGAAAAGUGAGGCUGAUUUAGAAAAUAAUGAAGAGCCAGGCACAAAAGAGACUGCUGUGACCCCCCCUUGUCCGGAUGAAAGCAGCGAAAGGAAUCCUGUUUGCUCUCUCCUCAGCAUCAGCGACCUCACGCUUCAGCAGGAUGAGAAAGUCGACUUUGUUAUCGGAACUGGAUGGGAAGAAGCUGUCCAAGGCUGGGGCAGCACUUCUCCUAUGGCCUGCAUAUGGCCCAGGAAGAAAGUGAAGAAGGCGAGAGUGGGGGAAAACACCAGCACCUGCCUAGUGUGUGUCAACAUCAUGCUGGCCACUGCUGAGUCCAGGCCCCAGGCCGAGCCUGGGAAACCUGAGUCACGGGCUGCAGCUGGACCUGGGCCUGCUGAGGCUGGACCUGGAGCGGGGAAGGAUCUGAGCAGCCCCUCCCAAGGUCCCUGCUCCCCGCAGGGCCACAGUGCAGCCUGUAGGGAGAUCAGCAAACCCUGCUUCCCCCACCAGAGUCACAGCGAGAAGAAAAGUCUGCAGAUAAAGGAGUAUAUCUGGUGCACAGAUAACUUGACUGCCCCCAACACUCUUAAGGGCAAGGACCCCAGAGACCAAGAGCAUUUUGGUGCAAGUGUAGACAGGAGUGUGUCUGUCGCGGGCUCCUUGACCUCCAAGGCUCUCUUAGUUCUGCCCCCACUGAGGGCUUCACUCCCAAACAGCUUGGAUACUCUGGGUAAGAAGAAUAAGAAUGUUUUCUUGCAGCAGGAAGGAAAGGGGCUGAGUGAGGAACAGGGUAAAGGUGUGGCUUGUCCAUGUGAAUUGAAAAAUGGGGAUGAGAAAUGUGAAAGGAGAUCCGCUGAGCUGGCCAAGCACCCCAGAGUCAAGCACUUGGCGCCUGUCCCUGCCUCAGUGCCCCGGCCCGCUCUCCUGGCCCACACUGGGCCAUGCUACCUGCGCUGGGCCCUGCUGCCCGAGCGAAACCUGCUGUGCCCUCCCACACCUGCCAACUUGAGCUACCUCACCACUCUGCAUCUCCUGCAGAAACAGGGCAUGCAGAGCUACAGACCCAAAUUUAAGACCAAGGAGCUUCGGCCUCCCGGGCUCACCCACAGGCACAUUCUCAGGCAGGCCAAGCAGGAGAACAGGCCCCAAAUGCUGGACACCAAAGUAUUCUCGAGACCUCUCUUGCCGUCUGUCACUGUGAGCAGAGUCGCUAUUCCAGUCUCCUCCUAUACACUCCUCUGA